AACGUUUACGUUGACGGCUUGCGGUUGAAAAUGGAAGUUGAUUGUGGCGCUGCAGUUUCCGUCAUCAGUUUGGAGAUGUACGAGAGAGAAUUCGAUCACAUACCAUUAGAGACGUGCGACAAGAAAUUAGCAGUGAUUAAUGGCAGCAAGAUGAAGGUGGAAGGAGAAAUAACGGUAAAAGUUGAGUUUAACGGCCAAGCGAAAACUGUUCAACCGAUCGUUUUGCGAAAUGGAAGUUGCUUCACACCUUUGUUGGGACGAGACUGGCUUGAUGUAUUCAUUCCUGACUGGAGGAAGGCGUUUGGAAGCAGUAUAAAUCAACUGGCAGUUUGCCCGGACCAGAUUGUUGCAGAGAUACAGGGUUUCCGUCGGAGGUCGGGUGUAUCUGGCGCACCGCAACCAGCUGAAGCUGGUUGGAGCCCGCAGAAAUCGUCACGGUUUGAUUUUUGCGAGGGAGGAAGGAAGGAGUGUUAACCGGAAAAGAGCGCGCGAUGACGAUGACGAUGAAAGCGUUGACGACGAUGCUGGCGGAUUCCUUGGUUUCGCAGCAGAUUCGUAUAUCUACCGAGGCACAUCUGACGAUCAUCCAAUGGUUUGUGAUUCGGAAGGUGGCGACACAUCGGCGUGUUUACCGCCUGAGGAAGUUGAUCCCCAGGAGGGACCAUCUACGCGACAGUGGUCGCAAUCGAAUCAACCGUCAAGUUCGAGUUGUCAUCCAGAAAGUUUGCGUCGCUCUAGUAGACCGAAGCGUCCUAAAAGGGAUGUCGAUUUUAUUUAUUAAAUCAAACAUAAGUUUGAGUUUGUGGUAGUAUUGUUUCGCCACUAUCUGAAAAAAAAGUUAAAGCGGCAGUCAUGUAUAACCGCAUUCAAAAAAAAACGAAUAACGGUAUGGCAGUGAAGUUUGGCCAUUUUCAGAGAAAUAUUGUUUAAACUAA